GCCCAUUUCAUCACCUCAGCGGUCCCAGGGAAGCAUCCGUUCCUCCAACAACGGUCGAGGUAGGGAGCAGGGUUUGGCACCCGCCCCUGGGAGUAGCCUUGUGAUGGACCGGAUGCCGUUUAACCUGGAAUAACCUAACCUAAGUCAAACGUUGAAAAAUCAAAAUGUACACGGAAAAGGUAUUGAGGGGUAUGGGCUAUAAGAUGGAGGCCAUGUUAGGUGAGGGAAGUUACUCCAAAGUUAAACUGGCUCAUUCCCAAAAGCACAAGUCUCAGGUGGCCAUAAAAGUUGUAGACCGCAAGAAAGCCCCGCACGAUUUCGUCCACAAGUUUCUUCCAAGAGAGCUUGCACUGUUGCGAACUGUAAGGCACGAGAACAUUGUUCGUGUUUAUGAAUUCAUCGAAGUUUGCAAUGGGCGGUUAUAUAUCGUCAUGGAGGCGGCGGCUACAGACCUUUUGCAAAAGGUUCAAGAGGGCAACGGUGUACCAGCAGAUGUAGCCAGGGCCAUGUUCUCCCAGAUAGUCAACGCUGUGAGUUACUUGCACCAUAAUGGAAUCGUACACCGGGACCUCAAAUGCGAGAACAUCCUACUUACUGCGGACAACCAAGUGAGGUUAACGGAUUUUGGAUUUGGGAGAUUUGCGGCUGGUUAUCCCGAUCUGAGCCAGACUUACUGUGGCUCUGCAGCCUAUGCUCCACCAGAGGUGCUCCUAGGUGUGCCUUACGACCCCAGGAAGUAUGAUGUGUGGAGUUUGGGAGUGAUUCUGUAUGUCAUGGUCACUGGAUGUAUGCCUUUCGACGACUCCAACGUCGCUGCACUGCCACUGAUCCAGCGCAAGGCCUUGGUGUACCCAGAUGAUGUUGCGGUGGAGGAGUCUGUUCGCGUCAUCGUAUCGCUUCUGUUGCAGUUCAGCCCUUCGACGCGCCCAUCAAUCAAACAGGUUUCCGAGCAGUCUUGGCUUCAACAGUCAAGAGGCGAUGGUAUCAAUCGAACGGGGUAAUUAAAACCAACUGAACCCA